AUGGCUUCAAAUAUUGAUAUUGGUAGCAUUCCACCGUUUGAUUGCAAAAGUGACCCCACUAGCGUAUCGACUAGAUGGAAAAGGUGGAAGAAAGCGUUCGAGUUCUAUAUCGUCGGAAAGGGUGUCAAAGAUGACAACCAAAAGAGAGCCUUGCUGUUACACUGUGCUGGCAUGGACGUACAGGACUUAUUUGAGACACUUUUUGAUCCCGGACCUGGAAACUUGCCUGAAGGACAACAAGACGAUGCAGGUAAUUACGAGAAAGCGUUACGAACAUUGAACGCGUAUUUCAUACCUCAGCUAAAUGCAAUAUAUGAGAGACAUGUGUUUCGUCAAAUGAAACAAGAGGAGGGUGAAACUAUAGAUCAGUUCAUUUCAAGACUGCAACGUCAAGCACAAAAUUGUGAGUUCACAGAUACUGAUGAACAAAUCAGAGAUCAAGUUAUAGAUAAAUGCAAGUCGUCAUUUUUUCGCCGUAAGCUCCUAGAAAAGGGAAAAUCCCUAACCCUAAAAGUGGUGCAAGACACAGCACGGGCCUUAGAAGUAGUUGAUGUUCAAUUAAAGACUAUGGAAGGUGAAUUUAAACGUGAAGUCAACCAAGACCAUAACGGUCAAAGGUCACAAAAGAAGCCAGGGAGAGCGAAAAAGAAAUGUUAUCGUUGUGGUAAAGAGGGACAUUUCGCCAGGGAUAGGGAAUGCCCAGCAAGAUCUGCAAACUGUGACAAAUGUCAUCUAACAGGACAUUUUGCAGUAGUAUGCAAGACUAAGAAACAUACCAAAGGUAACGCAGAGAAAGUUGGUACACAGGGAAACUCAGACAAAGAGAAAUUGUAUUGUGUACAGACAAAUGGUGACUAUGUGUUUGCUGUUCAGCCAGAAAAUAACUCAAACGACACCGGUGUGAUUAGUGUCACGGUGGGUGGAGUAGUUAUUUCAGACAUGCUCAUUGAUUCUGGAGCAACAUGUAAUGUGAUUUGUGAAACAACAUGGUCUACCUUGAAACAAAAAGGAAUUUUCUGUCAAGCUGAGAGGUCAACACAGUCGCUGUAUUCUUAUGGAGCAGAUAAGCCAUUGGAAGUCCUUGGGAAAUUCCAAGCCACUGCUCAAGUUGCUAAUAAUAUGACAAAUGCUGAAUUUAUCGUGUUUAAAGGCAAAGGUCGUUCACUGUUGGGACGAAAAACAGCACAAGAGCUUGGAGUGUUGAAGCUUGGACUGCAGGCAAACAUGAUUCACACACAAAAUGUGCGUGAUAAAUUUCCUAAGUGCUUUAAUGGGUUAGGAAAAUUGAAAGAUUACCAGGCGAAGAUCCACAUUGAUCCAGACAUACCACCGGUGGCACAGAAACCACGGAGAACACCAUUCAGCCUCAGAAGCAAAAUAGAGGACAAGCUGACUGAAUUGAUUAAAUUAGGUGUGAUAGAGAAAGUAAAUGGGCCCACACCAUGGGUCAGCCCAGUUGUAGUAGUACCAAAACCAUCUGGAGAUGUCAGACUAUGUGUAGAUAUGCGUCAGGCAAAUCAGGCAGUAGUCAGAGAGAGACAUCCGAUACCUACCGUAGAUGAAAUAUUAGAAAGCAUGAACCAAAGCACGGUCUUUACAAAGUUAGACCUCAAGUGGGGGUUUCAUCAGAUCGAGUUGGAGGAAUCGUCUAGAAGUAUCACAACAUUUGCUACACAUAACGGUUUGUUCCGAUAUAAACGGCUGAUGUUUGGCAUUAGUUCUGCCCCAGAACUGUACCAACACAUCAUACAACAAGUAUUGACUGGAUGUGAUGGAGCCGUAAAUAUAUCUGACGAUGUGGUGAUACAUGCUCCUGACAAUGAAACCCAUGACCAAAGAUUAAUUGAAGUUCUGAAAUGCUAUGAAGAAAAGGGUCUGACACUGAAUGCGGAGAAAUGCGUAUUUCGAAUGUCUCAGUUAGAAUUCUUGGGAAGUAUGAUAACUAGACAUGGUAUCCGUCCAACUACAGAAAAAGUAGAAGAAGUCUUAAAUGCUCGAGCACCAGAGAAUUCAACAGAAGUGAGAAGUUUUCUGGGAUUAGUAAAUUUCUCUGCACGAUAUAUAACUAACUUAGCCACAGUAGCCGAGCUACUCCGCAAAUUAACACGCAAAGGAACCAAAUUUGAAUGGCAAACUGAACAACAACAAUCAUUUGACCGCUUGAAAGAUGAGUUAGCUAAUGCGCGGACUUUAGCCUACUUUGAUCAGAAUGCUGAAACUACAGUGAUUACAGAUGCUAGUCCAGUAGGACUAGGCGCUAUCUUGAUACGGAAACAGAACAGUGAAAAUAGAGUUGUGUGUUAUGCCAGUAGAAGUCUGUCAGAUGUAGAAAGGAGGUACUCUCAAACAGAAAGGGAGGCCCUUGCCAUAGUUUGGGCUUGUGAGAGAUUCAAUUUAUACUUAUGUGGUAUUGAAUUUAAGCUGUUAACAGACCACCAGCCGUUAAAGGUGAUAUAUUCACACAAGUCAAAGCCAUCUGCGCGAAUUGAACGUUGGGUUCUACGUUUACAGCCCUACAACUUUACUGUGGAAUACAUACCUGGGUCGAAGAACAUCGCAGAUGCACUGUCUAGACUGGUUGACAAUAAUAAGAGUGAACAUAGUGAUGACACGGAGGAAUACAUUCGUUAUGUAGCAGAAUAUGCGGCACCACAUGCGAUACCAAUAAGAUUAAUAGAACGAGUGUCUGAACAGGAUGAGGAAAUUACUGAGCUUAGAGAAUGCAUAGCAUUGGGUAAUUGGAAUAAUUGCCCUGCUGCUUACAAGUCAGUUAGAAAUGAGCUUACUGUGUUAGGAAAACUGGUACUCAGAGACACUCGAUUAGUCAUUCCUAAGAGUCUGAGAAAGCGAGUUAUAGACUUGGGACAUGAGGGGCACCAAGGAAUCGUAAAGACGAAGCAACGCUUGCGCACAAAAGUUUGGUGGCCACGCAUUGAUCAAGAUGCAGAGCUAAGAUGCAAGUCUUGCCAUGAAUGUCAGUUGGUGACACAGUCAUCUGUUAGUGAACCGAUUAUACCUACCCAACUACCUACAGGUCCUUGGCAAGAAGUGGCAUUAGAUUUAUUGGGGCCACUACCAAAUGGUGAAUACAUACUUGUUGUCGUUGAUUAUUACAGUAGAUAUUUUGAGGUGGAUUUCAUGAAGACUGUAACAUCAGAGAAGAUAAUAGAACGUAUCGAUUCUCACUUUUCUUCACAUGGGUAUCCAAUUGGUUUGAAAUCGGACAACGGUCCUCAGUUCAUUUCAGAGGAGUUUGAAAACUACCUAGAAGAGUGUGGCAUAAGACAUAAACAUACAACCCCCCUAUGGCCUCAGGCAAAUGGAGAGGUAGAAAGACAGAAUAGAUCUCUCUUGAAAGUGUUGAAGAUAGCACAGCUUCAGAAACGCAACCUGCACAAGGAGUUAAAUAAGUUCCUUCUAGCAUAUCGGUCUACACCGCACACGACAACAGGAAUGUCCCCAGCCGAAGCAAUGUUCAAAAGAAAGUUAAGAACAAAGCUUCCAGAAACAGGGGAAAACAGGUUGAGAGAAGAUGACAGAAUGAUAAGAGAUAGAGACACUGAACUAAAACAGAAAUCAAAAGAUUAUCUGGAUGCGCAUAGAAAUGUAAGAGAAAGCAGCAUCCAGCCAGGAGACAAAGUAUUACUACAUCAGAGGCAAAGAAACAAAUUAUCCACACCGUAUGAAAAAAUGCCAUACAAAGUGAUAGACAAAAUUGGUAGCCAAGUGACUAUCCAGUCUCCAACAGGUGUAAAAUACAAACGUAACACGUCACAUGUGAAAAAGUAUGUUGAGCCGACUGAUAGUGAAAAAGCUGAAACUCAACAAAGCGAUAAAGAGACUGAUAAUUCAUGUGAUGUAACUUCUGGAUGUCAAAGUGAUGCAACCUUACCUGAACCACCAGAUAGAGCAAAACGUACAGUUCAGGCACCCAAGUAUUUAAAGGACUAUUUGUGUUAUUGA